AUGCGUACACCCUCCAAAGUAGACAACCUCCCCGAAGCUCUGAACUGGCUCCGAGACACAUGCAUCGAGCUCUGGAUCGACCAAGAAGGCUUCCGCGCCAUCCGCGCCCAAUUCCACCUCGGCGCAUACACCCCGGCGCCACCGCUCUUUUCAUCGCCUACCGACGAGCCCACGUACGGGCUGGCCAUCUUUCACCCCACCCGCCCUCAACGUGCGGUUUACCACCACGGCGCUCUCGACUCGGCUCCAGUCCUCCGCCGGCUCACGCUCGCCGGCACCGAGGAGCGCGACUACAUUUCU